GUCAUGUCGGCCAAAGCCAUCCGCGAAGCCACCGGCAAGCGCAUUCUCAACCAACACCUCACAGGGACGGCCGCGGAGCCCUGCCGCUUCGCCGCGGUCUCCGAGUCCACCGACUGGGGAGAGCUGGUCGCCGAAAACCCCUGGCUUCGCAGCGAGAAAUUAGUGGUGAAACCUGAUCAGCUGAUCAAGCGACGUGGGAAGUUGGGUCUCAUUGCUGUGAAUGCAGAUCUGAGUGCUGUACGCUCAUGGGUGGGCGAACGCAUGGGACGUGAUCAGACAGUAGGACGAGCUACUGGCAAACUGCGUAACUUCAUAAUUGAGCCCUUUGUGACACAUAAACAGGAUGAAGAGGCAUAUGUUUGCAUCUACUCUCAUCGAUAUGCAGAUACUAUUCUAUUCCAUCAUGAAGGUGGUGUGGACAUUGGUGAUGUAGAUGCAAAAGCUACAAAAGUUGAUGUAGCUGUGGGUGCAAGUAUUACUGCAGCUGAAAUUGAAGAGAAGCUCCUGAAGAAAUUACCACAAUUAAAGAAAAAAAUGGUUGCUACAUUUAUUGAAAAAUUAUAUCAAGUGUACGUGGAUUUGUACUUCACUUACCUGGAAAUAAAUCCAUUAGUUGUAACCAGCAAAUCAAUAUACAUUCUCGACUUGGCUGCCAAGAUAGAUGCCACUGCUGAUUUCAUUUGUCGACAAAAGUGGGGAGAGAUUGAAUAUCCCCCUCCAUUUGGCAGAGAUGCAUUCCCUGAGGAAGCCUAUAUUGCAGAUCUGGAUGCCAAGAGUGGAGCAUCAUUGAAGUUGACGAUCUUGAACAAAUCUGGUCGCAUUUGGACCAUGGUAGCUGGUGGAGGAGCAUCGGUUAUUUACAGUGAUACUAUUUGUGAUCUUGGAGGAGCACCUGAACUUGCAAAUUAUGGUGAAUAUAGUGGUGCACCCACAGAACAACAAACUUAUGAAUAUGCAAAGACUAUACUCAGCCUAAUGACUCAAGAAAAACAUCCUAAAGGGAAGGUAUUGAUUAUUGGUGGAGGAAUUGCUAAUUUUACAAAUGUUGCUGCCACUUUUAAGGGAAUAGUCACUGCAUUGCAAGAAUUCCAACCUAAACUUGUAGAACACAAUAUAUCCAUUUUUGUGCGCCGUGCUGGUCCAAAUUAUCAGGAAGGCUUAAGGAUAAUGAGAGAAGUGGGUCAGAACCUGGGCAUCCCCCUUCAUGUGUUUGGUCCAGAAACUCAUAUGACCGCCAUUGUGGGUAUGGCUCUUGGGAAAAAGCCAAUUCCUAGUGUGACUGCAAUGGAAUUCUCCACAGCCAACUUUUUGUUACCAGGAGGUCAAAACAAGGAGAGUCCUCUGCAGUCGCGCAAGAGCUCUACAAGUACCCUUGCACCCACUACCACCUCUCGGGAAACAUCUGGGCAAGCGAGUGGACAGUCAGGAGAUGCCCCUCAGAGAAAGGGAGUGCUAUUCAACAAAAGCACUAAGGCUAUUGUGUGGGGGUUACAAACUAGAGCUGUGCAAAGUAUGCUGGAUUUUGAUUUUGUGUGCUGCCGAACUGAACCAUCUGUUGUGGCUAUGGUAUAUCCCUUCACUGGAGAUCACAAACAAAAAUUUUAUUGGGGCCACAAGGAAAUACUCAUACCAGUGUACAAGAAAAUGGAGGAUGCUAUGACCAAACACCAGAAUGCUGAUGUGUUGGUGAACUUUGCCUCGUUGCGUUCAGCCUAUGAGAGCACUGUUGAUACAAUGAAUUAUCCCCAGAUACGGACCAUUGCAAUUAUAGCUGAAGGAAUUCCUGAAAAUCUUACUCGAAAGCUUAUUCUCAUGGCUCAAGAGAAAGGCGUGACCAUUAUUGGACCUGCUACUGUAGGUGGAGUCAAACCAGGUUGCUUCAAGAUAGGAAAUACUGGAGGCAUGAUGGACAACAUUCUUCACUCAAAAUUGUACCGGCCAGGCAGUGUGGCAUAUGUAUCUCGAUCCGGAGGUAUGUCAAACGAACUCAACAAUAUUGUCUCCAAAGCAACAAAUGGAGUAUUGGAAGGAGUGGCAAUUGGAGGAGACCGAUACCCAGGCACUAACUUCAUGGACCACAUUAUGCGGUACCAGGCAGACCCAGAGGUAAAAAUGAUUGUUCUAUUGGGUGAAGUGGGUGGAGUAGAAGAAUAUGAUGUAUGCAAUGCCUUAUCUGAUGGCCGAAUCACAAAGCCGCUAGUGGCGUGGUGCAUUGGCACAUGUGCAGGUAUGUUCACUUCUGAAGUGCAGUUUGGGCAUGCUGGUUCUUGUGCCAAUUCUGACCGGGAGACAGCUGUUGCUAAGAACAAGGCCCUGGCAGAAGCUGGAGCUCAUGUUCCCUCAUCUUUCGACUCCCUGGGAGACCUUGUUGCUGAGGUGUAUGAAUCCUUGGUGCAGGAAGGAGUGAUCCUGCCAGCACCAGAAGUUCCUCCCCCAACUGUCCCUAUGGACUAUUCCUGGGCCAGAGAAUUGGGUCUUAUCCGUAAACCUGCAUCUUUUAUGACCAGUAUUUGUGAUGAACGAGGACAAGAGCUAAAUUAUGCAGGAAUGCCUAUUAGUGAUGUACUGAAACAAAAUCUGGGCAUUGGAGGCGUUAUCUCCCUUCUGUGGUUCCAACGCUGCCUUCCUCCAUAUGUGUGUAAAUUUUUUGAGAUGUGCCUCAUGGUGACAGCUGAUCAUGGUCCCGCAGUUUCUGGUGCUCACAACACAAUUGUCUGUGCUCGUGCUGGCAAAGAUCUGGUUUCAUCUCUAGUAUCAGGAUUGUUGACUAUUGGUGAUCGUUUUGGAGGAGCACUUGAUGGAGCUGCUAGGCAGUUCAGUGAAGCUUAUGACUCGGGACUAAUUCCUAUGGAAUUUGUUAAUGCAAUGAGAAAGAAGGGGCAGCUUAUUAUGGGCAUCGGUCAUCGUGUUAAAUCGAUAAACAACCCAGAUAUGCGUGUUAAGAUAAUUAAAGAAUUCGUCCUGGAACACUUCCCCUCUACACCUUUGUUACGUUAUGCAUUGGAAGUUGAAAAAAUCACAACGUCCAAGAAGCCUAACUUAAUUCUCAAUGUGGAUGGGAUUAUUGCUGUGAGUUUUGUGGAUUUGCUCAGACACAGUGGCAGUUUCACCAGGCAAAAGGAAAAUCAAAAAUAUUGUUGGGCUUUAAGUAAAAUUAGUAUCCACAGAGCACAAUGUGUCCUGUUACAUCUUCAUAUAUUCAUGAACAAAGAGGAAGCCCAGGAGUACAUAGAAAUGGGCUCUAUUAAUAGCCUGUUUGUUUUGGGCCGCAGUAUUGGAUUCAUUGGCCAUUAUAUGGACCAGAAACGACUCAAGCAAGGAUUAUAUCGUCAUCCUUGGGACGACAUAUCAUAUGUUCUACCUGAACAAUAUAAUUGAAUUUCUUCUCAAAUCUAUACAUAUUUCAAGCACUAAUGUCCUGCCAACAGAUAUGAUAUGCACUAUUUUUUAAAGCAGAUAAUUUAAUAAGUGCAUUUUUAUUGUGUUAUUACAAUGUUGUGUUUAUUAUGGUGCUAUUUUGCACAAUAUUAUGAAUGCUGUAAUUUUUAGUACAGUAAUUUUUAUUUGUGAGUCCGAGUAGUGAUAAAUGUACAUGAUCAGUGUUUGUGAGAUAUGUAUACAAAGCUGUGCUUAUGUUUUGUAAUGGGUAGGAUAUGUAUGCAUCAAGAUAUAAAUGUUACUUCCAGUUAGCCUCAACUUUUAAAAAUUUAAUUUUGGUGUAAAGCAUUUGUUUUUAAUUAGAUAAGUUAUAAUGUAUUUUAAUUAUUAUUGACCUGCAUUUAUCUAAAGUCUAACAUGUGAAAGAAUUCUAUGAUAUUUCUCUUGUGUUUUGGUGGUCCCAAUUUUGAAAAUAGAAGACUUAAGAUAAUGAGGAUGAUUUCGUGAGACUGUGAUGUAUACGCUUCUACUUCUGCAAUUUGCACUUGAAAAUUGUCAUGUAUAUGGUGGUGUAGAGCUGUAUUUUUCAUAUUUCAUGGAUAAACAAGCAUCUUGGUUGAAUGUGCCUGUAUAUCAAUGCCCAAAAGACUUGUCAGUAUAAUGUAAACAAAGAAUGUUAAAAAGCACUAUGUGCUUUUUUUAAAGGUAUCAUGAAAGCAGUUCAAGACAUCUAUUGUGUUAUCUUAUGUGAUCUGUGGUGUGUUUUUAUUUUAUUUUUGUUCAGAAUGUUUCCUUCGUUUCAAUCUUGAACUUGAGUGAAAAAAGUGUUUUGUAGAGCCUAAGACAUUCCUGUAAAAAUAGCUUCCAACUUAAUUUAAGCAUACAAAAUAGAUAAGUAAAUAAAAUGGUUAUCUUUAAAAAAAACUGUCAGACUAGUUUUAUAUGAUAUUGGUGAUGCAAGGAGGCAACCUUUCAUUUACAGAGUUGCUUGAAAUACAAAGGACUUCUCAGUUCACCUCUCCCUUAAAACUCUCUUUUUUAAACAUAUACUAAAAAUUAAAUUAUUUCAAAUUAUUAAGACAAAAGUACUAGAAAUAAGAAGUUGAUUGCAUGUUUCAUAAAUACAGUAAGAAAUAAACUUUGAUUUAUAAAGAACAUGUUUUCCUUUUUUGAAUGCACCAUUCUUUCUAAGCGUUCUGUUGAUAAAAUUGUUUGUGAUAGUCAAAAUAGUUUUUCUCUAAAUUGUCAAAAUAGUUUGUAAUAAUUUUCUCUAAAAAGAGAAAUUGAAAUGAGUCUUGGAAAGAAAAUACAUUUGUACCACCGAAUGUGGAAUUUGGAAGGGUUAAAAUAAUUGUGUUAUAGUCUCGUAGUUUUACCUUUAACUUAAAUGUUAUGAGAAUGGUUGGUCUGUAGCAAGCCAUAAAUGCAAUUAUUGCUUUACAUUUUUAUCACAGGAAAGCGUUAAGAGUCGCCCAAUAUUGUAUGUUAUGAAUAUGAGAUGCUACAAUCGUUUAUUGUACGUUCUUUCUUCUUGAGCUCUACCUUCAUAUAGCUCUACUGCACUUGCUCAGGACAAGUCAUAUCAGUUAAAAUACAUGCCAAUUAGCAAUUUGAAUAGAAGUCAAUGUUUAUUGUUUCAUUAGUACCUGGUAGAUAACUAAAUUUGUGAUUUCAAAGACACUACUGAAGAGGUAUUGCAAUCCUAUAAUUUUUCAAAAGAUCAGACAAAUAAUCUUCAAAAAUCUCAAAAUACCAUACAACUUCAAUGCUUCAAUCUAAUAACAACUUUGUUUUUUCUCAUGGUUUAUAUUAGAAGCUAAGUUUUCCCUUCUUGUCUUGAUUUUCACAGAGAACAUCUUUCUAAUUUCUCCUUCUGUGUACACUCUAACUUAGGUUUACUUGUGUUAUUUUCAAUACAAAGAUUAAAUCAUUAUAUGUGACCUAAAAGUCCAAUUCUGUUAAUUAUUAUUUUCUUCUGUAAGGGUUAUCUUGGCAUCAAAUUUUAUUCCUGUUUUCACCAGUUCGUUGAUCUCUUCUGAAUAGUGGUUUAGACAGAAAAGUUCUUAUUUCUAGCAUUUUAUAGAAUAUUAAAUAAAUAGGGACAUUUGUUUACAAUUAUUGGAUUCAUAUUUUCAUAUAACUUGAUACUUCUAAAUUUUGGGAAUUAAUUUGUAUGUUAGACUAAAUGAUGAUAAAACUAUAAUAAGAUCAAGAAAUGUUUUACUCAGUAGACAGCAGCAAUUGGUCCAGCUGAAUAAAUAGUGGCAGUAAUACAAUGAAUCGAAUUUAUUUCAAAGGACAAUUGUACUUGGCUGUUUGUGCCUUUCUCCUUUAAAAAGGAUCAUCCCAACACAAUGAAAUAAGGAUCGAUAAAAUAAUUUUCAAAUCCUGUACUUCAUAAACAAAAUAAAAUGGUCUGUAAUGUUCUGUGAUUUUUUUUAAGUGAUCUUUGUUUGCAUUAAUUUCAAAAUUAAAUAGUUUUUGCUAAUCACUGCAUAGCCUAAAUUGAUACCUGCACACAUACCUACUGAUAUUUUAAAAUUCAUGCAUUUUAUGCACUAGUUUUUUGAAAUAUAUUAUAUCUGGUUAAAAUCAAGAUAUAUAUUAUAUCUGAUCAGGUAUUUUAAUUGUUUCAUUUUAUUGUCAUUAAUUGAUUAUUGUAUUUUAUUAACACUUGUUACGAAGUAAACCUUCAAAGAUGAGUUUGUCAUUCUCUUUAUCACUAGAUGUAUUGUAAAUAUUGCAUUGUUGUUAAUGAGGAAAUCUUGAACACAAAACAAGUGAACAUAAGAAAUUAUUUUACAAUACACAAGAUUUUCUCAUGUUACCUAUAAAAAUGGAAAUAAUUCAGAGAGUAAAAUGGUACAGAUUACUUGCAAGUAGAUUUAAAGUUAUUUUCUGUUCUUGAAUGUUAAUGAGCAGAAAGUGCUUUAUAACAAUGUUGAUACAUGCAGUUUUUGCAAAUAAUUGAAGUGAAGCAAGAGAGAAGUUUUAUAAUUGUUUCAACUAUUGAAAUAGCACAAUUUGUUCACAUAAUGAUGCAAAAUUGAAUCAUCAAUGUAUACUCAUAGCAUUCCAAAGUUGAUAGAAUAUAAAGUAACUGAAUUUGGUAUCAUUAAUGUAAAAAAAAUACCAAUUAGUAAGAAUAAAUGCAAAAUAAAUAAUGAAUUUGUUCAUUGAUUUAUUUUUCUUUAUUAUUUUCAUUGAACAUUGCAA